AUGCGUUUCUCAAGUGCAGCUGCCAUCGUGCUCGGCCUCGCUCCUUUCGCGCUGGCAUCUCCGACGCCCGCGGAGCCAGCUCGAGCUAGAGACGGGCCUAGCAACGAUUGCAAGUUGGGCGGGGCUGGCGGCAUCCAGUCUCCUGCGUUCAACGAAGAAGUUGCACCUUCGGAUCAGGGCUUCAAGAUGGUGUUUUGUUCAGGAGAGUACUUCAAGACCUCCACCCAGUCGAUUGAUGUGAUCAUGCUGAACAACGCCAGCGAAGGAGGAAGCGGCUUCACCAUUGCCAAGGAUCUGAAGCCCACAACCGCUUCAGGCUACGAUGCAACGCUCUACUUCAGCCCCGAUGCCUACUCUGGGCCGGAGUCCAAGGACUGGACUCUGCUGGUGUACGAGCGCCACACUUCAUACGGAUCGUCAAACGACACAUUCACCGCGUACUCUCAGCACGUUACUGUUGGCUGA